AUGACCAGCCCGCAACACCCAAUGGAAUUUCGCCACAAGUGCCACUUCCUGUACCACGGCAGAGCUGAUCCAAAGCUCGCUCAUCAGGAAGAGAAAUGUCAUUACUGCCAGUUUGGAAAAUUUAAUUCGCACAAGUUGCACCCAAUCUCCAUCAUCUUCCAAGACAACACGAAGCUGGUAAUCCCCAAGGAUUUCGUCUUUAUCGAGAAGAGCAUUCCUGUUGAAGGGGUCCGAUUCGCGGAGGAUGAAUAUUUGAACGGCUGCGAGUGUGAAAGUGAUGCGCAAUGUAUGGGCUCCAUGUGUGAUCCAUGUCUGGGGGAUGUGGACCGCGUUCCCAAAGGUGGAAAGCCAGGCGCGUACCAUGUCAGCGGCGACAAGAAAGGGUGCCUUCGCGGCUGGAUGCUCGAAUCUCGCUUGCCCAUCUACGAGUGCCACGAGAAAUGCACGUGCAGCGACAAGUGCCCCAACCGGGUGGUCGGACGUGGCCGCAAAGUCGCUCUACAAAUCUUCCCAACAUCCGGCCGCGGUUGGGGUGUCAAGUCGACCGAGGACAUCAAGCGCGGUCAGUUUGUCGGCGAGUACGUGGGCGAAAUCAUCACCCCCGCGGAGGCCAAUCGCCGCCGACAAGCCGCCACCGAUCGGAAGAAGAAAGACAUCUACCUGUUCGCCCUCGACAAGUUCCAGGACCGAGAGAGCUACGACCAGCGCCUCCGCGGCGAGCCGUACGAGAUCGACGGCGAGUUCAAGUCCGGCCCGACGCGUUUCAUCAACCACUCGUGCGAGCCGAACCUGCGCAUCUUCGCCGUCGUCACCGCGCAUGCGAACAAGCCGUUCCACCAGCUGUGCUUCUUCGCGGCCAAGGAUAUCCCCCGCGAGACGGAGCUGACCUUUGACUACACGGAUGGCGUUACCGACGCUCGUAUGGAUGUGGAGGAGGCGAUCGCCCAGGAUAAGGAGCUGACCAAGUGCUUGUGCGGGACUCCGAGCUGCAGGGGCUACUUGUGGUGA